CAAACCUUCCACGUUCCCAGCGCUUUAAUGACGUCAUACUCGCGCGUGGUAUUGUGGGAAGCCCUCAGUCCUCCAAGCUCUGUCUCCUCUGCUCUCCCCCCGCCCGUUGGAAAAAAAAGAAAAAAAAAACAUGGCUGCUCCGGCGGCAGCGGCGAGUUCUUGCCCCGGUUUGUGCCCGAGCUUCGCCGUGGUCUGCUCUUUCCUGGAGCGGUACGGGCCCGCACUGGACCUGCCAGAGCUGACCUUUCCACAGAUGGAGCGAUAUCUGCAAGAUACGGCAACGGUUCCCAAGCUUUUGGUUGAGCUUCACGUGAAGCUGAUGAGGAAGAUCGGCAAAUCCGUAUCUGCUGACAGAUGGGAAAAGUAUUUGAUCAAGAUGUGUCAGGACUUCAACACCACAUGGGCUUGGGAGCUGGAGAAGAAGGGGUAUAUGGAGAUGUCCAUGGAGAGCAAAGCAGGAAUCCUCAAGUACUUGUGUGAGUGCCAGUUUGAUGACAACCUCAAGUUCAAAACGGUCGUCAACGAGGAGGAUCCAGAUCAAAUGCGAAUUCAGCCCAUAGGCCGAGAUAAGGAUGGCCUGAUGUACUGGUUCCAGCUGGACCAGGAUCACAAUGUGAGGAUCUAUGUGGAGGAGCAGGAUGACCUGGACGGAUCCUCCUGGAGGUGCAUUGUCAGAACGAGAGACGAACUGGCUGAGAUCCUGGAGCUCCUGAAGGCCCAGAUCGACCCAGCGCUGCUGACCAAGAAGGAUAUGCUGGAGGACUUGACUGGCACCAGCCCACAUCAGAAGGAUGAGGAUGUCAAGAAGGAGGUGCCAGAAGACCAAUCUGGAAUUCUAAAAAAGUCUAUGAAACCCGAAGAACCUUCAGAAGAUGAUGGCAGUGCUUUGGUCAAGGACAGCUUAUGUUCUUCCUCCACAAAACGUUCAGAUAAGGAUGGAUCCUCUGGAACAAGAGACAGAAAAUGUUUCAUGCAGGAGAUCAAACCAGCACUGCUGGAGAAUAAAGAGAAUAGAGUGACUGUGGAGUCAGCAGUUAAGUUGGAAAAGCCAGUUAUAGACAACAAGGUCAGAACUAUCACUGCUGUCAUCAAAGAAGAACCAAAAGAGCUGGACAACAUCAAGAGCAAAAUAUUACUGGCUACUGAGGGUCCGGCCAGGCUGAAGACCCAGGAGGAAAUGAGGGAGAAGACACCAGAGGAGGUUGAAAGAGCCAUCAAAAAUGAUCAGCAGGCCAAAAUCCCAUUAAAGAAGAGGGAGCUCAAACUGAGAGAAGACUUUGACAAUGGCUCUAGUAUCAUUGUCCGUAACCCGUCAGUUGCUCCCGCAAAGGAACUACUGAGGAACGAGGCAGAGAAAGCUGGAGAGAAGAGUAGAGCGCAACCUAGCAUAUUGGGAGGCAUGGAAAAGGAGGCUAGAGGCAGCCUUGUCAACGGGGAGUCACAGAAAUCCAAGGAAGCUCACGACGGCAGCAGAAUCAACGACCACUUCACGGAAGGUCCAGCAGGCAAGAGGACCUCAAGCGUGAACACGGAGCAGGGUGGCAUUGCUGGCAAAGAAAAAAAAAACGGACUUGUGGGAGAUGGUGUGAAAACUGCACUGAAUAUGAUGAUGAGGAAUGAGGAAGAUAAGCCCGUUGAGCCCAAGAGAAUGAAACUGUCUGAAUUGGAUAGGAAGAUCAUAGUCGUGGGGAAAAAAGAAUGCAUCUCUUCAGCUGAAGUGGUGGAUGAGAAAAAAUCAAGAGCCUCCUCUGAAGAGGGGCAGAAAGUCCCCAUUACUCAGGACUCUACCCACCCAGUAGGAAACCGUGAGAUGAGCAUGACAACAGCCCAGAGUUUGUCCAAGAAGACUGAGGUAGGCACCCUGCAAAAAGACAAACAGGAGUCUUCCAAUGGAUCAGAUAAGAAUGGAACUAAACUCAAAGGAGCAUCCAGUACAGAAUCUAGGCCUGUUAAGCGAGAGGCUGCCGAAGGAAAAGUCAAGAUGGUAGCUGCCAAGAGUAAAGAGGGUCGCAAGAUUGCAGGUGAUGAAGAGAAGGAGAGUAAAUCAAGGAAAUGCUCGUCUGGGAAAAACGGGAAGGAGAGCAAAAGGGUUGGGAAUGAGCAAGAGAACAAGGAGGAAAAGAUUGAGAAAAUGGAUUCACAAGAAAUGAGCAAGGUGGUGGAUGAAUCUGGAACAUUGACCCCCCAGCAAGACCCUGACCCGGUAACUAAGGAAGGAAACGAAGAUGAAGAGGUAUCAUCGGAAAUCCAAAAGGAGGGCAUACGGCUAAAGAUCAAGAUUCCUGCACAUCGGAGGAAGCUGGCCUAUCAGCAGGAGGAGAAGAAGAUGGACUCAGACAGCCAGGUCAUGGACAGGAGGUGUCUGAGAAGGUCCCCUAGGAUAUGUCGCCCUACCGCUAAGCUGGCAGAAAUUCAAGACAUGAAGCAGGAGAAGAAGCAGGCAUCUGCAUUGGUCCACGAAGAAGAGGAUGAAGAUGAGGAAUCAAAACCUACACAGAAGAAGCAACGGGAGAACUCAAGAAAAUGUAACCAGGACAGCCAGACAAAGACAAAACUGGCAAAGGGGAAGCGACGGCACCAUGGCGCCAGGCGGUCAAGCACCCGCAUUAACUUACGCAGGACGAAGGGAUCCAGCGAGGAGGAGGAGGAAGAAGAGAGUGAGGAUGAUGACAGCGACGAGGACUACACAGUGGAGAAGGGCAAGGUCCGGAGUGCCUCCGACUCAAAAUCGGACGAGACCCCCAAUGAUGACCCAUGUAAACACUGUGGCCUGCCGAACCAUCCUGAACUGAUCUUGCUGUGUGACUCAUGCGACAGCGGGUACCACACUGCCUGCCUGCGGCCUCCGCUCAUGAUCAUCCCGAAUGGAGAGUGGUUCUGCCCGCCAUGCCAGCAUAAAUUUCUGUGCGAGAAACUGGAGGACCAGCUGCAGAAUCUGGACGCGGCCCUGAAGAAGCGUGAACGGGCAGAACGACGGCGAGAACGUCUGGUUUAUGUGGGGAUCAGUGUUGAGAACAUCAUUCCUCCUCCCGUAAGUACAGCGGACAUGGAUGUGAACAUCCCUCAGGAGGCUGAAACAGACAAGAAAAACCAAGAAACGAAAAAAGACGCCAAAAAGAGCAGGAGUAUGGGGAGGAGAUCUACAAGAACAAAGAAGUGUAUUAGCUACAGGUUUGAUGAGUUUGAUGAAGCUAUAGAUGAAGCCAUCGAGGAGGACGUAAUGGAAGCAGAAGGCGGAGGUUCUGGUCGGGGCAAGGACAUGGCCAACAUCACAGGCCACCAGGGCAGGGACAGCUCUGUCACCCUGCAGGAGGAGGGUAAGGAGAACCGGCGGCCCGUCAGACCAGCCGUGAUACAGCGGGGAAGGAAACGGAGGGGUAUCAACGACCUGGACAGUGACAGCACAGUGCAGGAGGAGGAGAGUGAGGAUGAGUUCUGCCUGAGCAGCAGAGCCAGCUCCAACGAGGAUGAGGUGUUGGUGUCGGAGGACGAUGGCGAGAGCGACGCGGAGAUCCGCUCCAACGAAGACAGCGACUUCGGCAGCGACUACGGCAGCGCCGGACACAGGCCACGGAUACGGCCGUCACAGACGAAGAAGAGAGGUGGCAGGAGGUGGGGAAGGAGGCCGCUCCCAUGGAAACGGGCAGCGUCCUCCUCCGAGGAGGAGGAAGAGGAUACGAAUGAGGAAGAGGAGGAGGAAGAGGAGGAGGAAAUUUUGAGCGAGGACUCGGCUGACCUGAGUGAAGACACCCUGGACCUGAGGAGACGACGGUCCCGCCGGAGCCACCAGAGGCAGGUCAACUACUGCGAGACAUCGGACAGCGAGGGGUCACAGGCCCCCACCAACCGGGACCGGCCCAAAGUCCACCGGCGCCGUCUGUCCAGCUCUGACAGCGAAGGAGACCUCCGCUUCAACAAGCUGUCGGACGACGGCGACAGUGACAGCAGGAUGUCAAAGAAGAAGAAGGCGGCGGUGAUGAAGGACGAUUCCUCUGAGGAAGAAUCCAGAAAGCAGCGCAGGCCGAGGACGCUGAAACGACGGAGGGCCUCGGAGGAAGACGAGGAGGAUGACUCUGAAGGGUCUGAGGAGGAGGAGCGGCCCGUUCGUAAGAGACUGAACCGCAUCGAGACUGAUGAGGAGGAUGAGGAAGAGGAGAAGAUGACUGCCUCUGCGGUGCAAAGUGAUGGCACAAAGAGGGCCCCCAGGACAGCCAGUGGGGGUGAGGGGGGGGAUAAGAAAGGAAAGUUAGGGGCGGCUCCCACCAAUGGACAGGCAGCAGCUCGGCAGGGCGCGAGGACAGGGCCGAAGAAUAGCGGGACAGCGGUUUCUAAUGGCGCAGGGUCCCAGGAGGAGGAAGAGGAUGACCUCCUGGGGGUCACUGACCUUGUGGACUACGUGUGUAACAGCGGACAACUCUAGAUGUUCUGCUCAUGUUCAGGUUUAUUUUUUUUCCCUGCCUUCUACCAGCUGAUGAAACCGCCCAACGGCAGCAAGAAGGGAUGGCAUUAGUAAGGCCUCCAGGUCCCUCCAACUCGCACGCACACACACACACACACGCACACACACACGCACACACACACACACACACACACACACACACACACACACACACACACAGCGGCCUGCCUCAGAGUCCACAGACUCAAAGAUCUUCUAAGAUCUACAAUUCUUCAGAGGAACGUUAGUAUUCCUGUCACCCAAGCUGACAUUGUGUUUUAGGCUCACGUCUAACUGUAUGUGUCUGUUGGUCCUGGUAAGGGGUAGGCGGACUGUAGAAUUUAUACGUUUUAUAUAAAAGAGGACCAGUAAAAAACAAAAAAAAAAUGUCUGGGAUGGUUCUGGGACGUUUAAGGCUGCAUUCCAUUGCUCCAGAAGAGAGCAGUGCUGGGAGGGUGGUUCCCUUGGCAGACCCCACAUGUGUAUCAUCAUUCUGAACAAGGGAUGGGACACCUCACAAAGAUGGAUGGGACACCUCUGGACCCCUCCCUUAACGCAAACACCGAGGCCGUCAACAAUAAACGUGUAUAUAUCCCCAGGGCAUCGCUUCCCUGCAGAAACGUUUAGAGACAGUUUGACACUUUUUCCUUGGAUUUCUGGACGUUAGCAGAUGCUCCAGUCCAGGGGUCUCCAGCUCUGGUCCUGGAGAGCUACUCUCCAGUAGGUUUUCUGUCCCACUUGGCUUCUGAUGAGCCACACCUGCUCCUGGUAUUUACCUGAGAACAGGUGUGGCUCCUCAGAAGCCGGGAAGGAUAGAAAACCUACUGGACGGUAGCUCUCCGGGACCGGAGUUGGAGACCCCUGCUCCAGUCGGAGGGGGUCAUUUGAGAAUUUGCCUUGAAUUGGUACCUGAGAAAAGCUGAGUUUGAACUGAGCUGUCCAUAGGCAGUGAUUGGUGACCAUCUCCGGUGUCCUUUGUGUUUCCAAUAACAUCAUGAAUAUGUCACCCAUGCAUAAACUAAUGUGAUUAAAACAAACGUCUAGGUGUGUCUUGACACCAGGCAGGCAUAUAUUUUCAUGAAUCCUUCCCAGGUGCGGCAGUUCCUCGUUUAUUGUCAGCACUUUCAUUGCACUAGUGCACAUCACAAUGAAUUGUGUUUCCCAAAUGGAUCGACAGUUUGAUUUUGCGUUUAUUCUAUUAAGCAGCUUUGGCCCAAACUCUUUAGUGAAAGGACGGUGUACUGCCAUCUGUGGAAGGAUGAGAAAGAAGCUUUGGGAAGGUGAACCACUCCAGGCGUGAUGAGGAUCGACUGAAGGUCUGACCUGUUGUCCGUGCUGAUCUAGUUACACUUCUUGAAGAAAAAGCAAUUUUGGGCAUUGUUAGGCCUAAGGGGUAAUAUGGUCAGUAGAAUCAACUUUCUCUUUGAAAUAACAUUUAUUUCUUGAGCUCAACUGAACGAUACCUUCUUAUUUGUUCUGUGUUCCUGAUUUUUCAAAUGUGUAUUUUAAUUGUUCUCUCCUGUUUUAUAAACGCUAUCACGUCUGAUGUGAAAUUUGGCAUCCUGUUCGGAAAGCGAAAGUUCUGGCUCCACAAAAACACGGAGCUGCCCUGUUGUUAGGUCAGCCAGGAUCUGGCUGUGUGAGCAAAGCCGCGCCGGUUCGAGAUGAAGGGCGAAUGUGCAGGAGAGAGACAGUGAUGCGGUUCAGGCAGGCGUCACUUUUCAGCUAAGGACAGGGACCAAAGAGUGUCCACAGGAAGAAGCAUGAAUGGACGGGUCCAGUUCUGGAAAGUGGCAUGCGGACACGACCCAGGACCCUCUGCUUUCAAACUUCAACGUUGUGAAUUAAUUUCCUAAACCUUUACUAUCCCCCCCCGAGUAGCUCUUGCAGUUGCUAUGGCAGACAUGCUGGUGCAGGGGCCACGUGGAAUGUUAAUUGAAACCUGGCAGGUGUGCAUGGAAGGCCUCUUCCUCUGUCAUGUCCUGAUGGUGCCAGUAGGUGUCAGCGUUGAGGGAGAUGAAGCUCCCCCAUACCACCCUCAUCCCGAUCUGCAGUAGAGUCUGUACGUUAAACAGUGGAAAUAAACCUAACAUCUAUCUACAUUGUGUGUAUAUUUGUAGUUUACGAUGUAACAUAUUUAGAUGCUUUUAAAUAAUCGAAAUAUAUAUUAGCAAUUCUUUGUGAUUGCGGCUGUUAAUAAGGUUUUGUAGUUAGCUAUGAUAUUUGCACAAUUUUUUUGUAACAAACUACAAAGCGGCAUGGUGCACGUACUACAGACAGUACGUACCUCUGCCCGAGUGUUUGCAGGAUCGAAGCCCCACAGUCCCAACCCAUCCUGCCCUGCAGCCUGUGCUGCACUGUAGGUGGGACCAAAACGACUCGCUUAGCUUGUCGCCGGGGAGGCGGGGGGGCAACACCGAGGCUUGGGAACUCUGCUGUGGCCCAUAUCAUGUUGUACAGUGACAGUAGCUUAGAAACACUGAUGUAUGGAGGUCCAGCCAAUACGCACUCGGGAGAACGGCUUCUGCCGUCAGGUGGAUUAACAGAGUCUGACCUGAGCUCCAUGUUGGUGUGAGAGCACUGUGCAGCAGUGUCGUUUAGCUCUGCUGGGAGGGAGUGCUGGCUUUCUCCCAGAUUGCCCUGUGUCCCCCAGAUUAACUAAGAAAACAUAGUGCAUGAACGAGGUCACACUUAUGCAAUUUCUGCAGACUUACCUGUGCUACAUCCUUCAGUUUCAAUUUUCCUAUUUUGUACUUAAUUUUCCUGAGCAAAGUGAGCUUAAAAAACAUACAUUGUUUUUGUAUAAAUCUCGGUGUGUUGGAUGCUUUAAGCGAGCAAAGCCCAUUUGUUUGUCUGUGUAAUGCUGUUACAUUAAAGUCAAACUCUGUGACGAACGUGAACUUAGACCACCACUGCUGUCCGUAUCCCCGUGCACUUCUACGAGAACAAUUUGUUAAACCUGCUGAAAUUUCUUUCAUAUGGACAAAAGACUUGUACAUUUUGUCAUAAUAAAGAAAAUUUAAAAUAUGA